AUGACGAUAACGGUCAUGGUCGAAGGUGGGCAAGCACAAGGCCCCCUUACUCCAUCGCGGCCACGCCGGCUUGCCACAACCGGCCCCGUCGGUGGUGGUGCCCAAACGGUGGCGGUAGAGGCCUUGAACGACGCCAUGCUCCGCUACCACACGGCCACCCAGGAGCUCGUCAACAUCUCUAUCAACGAGAUGCUGGCCCGGUCGAACCUCCAUAAGGUCCUAUUCCAGCGCUCGACAAGCGGUCGCGGGGCUGAGCUGCAACGGGUCCUCACGCCUCGAGAGCGGGCCAACAGCGCCCGGGCCCUCAUCGUAAGCCUCGCGGCUGACACGGACGACAGCGAGGCGGCCUCCCGGCUACCGAUGCCAGACGAGGGUGACUUUGGCCCUCUGCGGCGUCUCGUCAAGCUCCAUGUUCGGCGUCGUCAGGUCGUGACGGAGAUGCGGCGGCUCGCGGUCUUGGUCCGGCUGGGGCUCGAGGACACGUCCCUGGCGGGUGAUGGUGUCACGGCCGAGGCCUGGCGUCAGCUCAUCAAUGGGGUUUGGGAGCCUGAUAUGCCAUGGCUUGGUGUGAUGUAG